UUGGAGUGAAGGGGGUAUCAGCUUGACAGUGGAUCCCGGGGGAUCCAGACUGAGUUACGAGAUGCUCGCGCCCAGGCCGCACCUCUGUGAGUAACGCUUUGCGGAGCCGAAGCUCACAAGGGGAGGAGGAGCCUCGCGCGGCAUCUGGAGGAACCGCGUUGAAGGAUUCUUUUCUCAAGAAUCCAGUCGGGGGAUCUGGCAGGAGGGAGGACUGUCAGAGUGUGCAGUGUUGGAGGCUUCCCACUCGCCCAGAGUGGAAAAGAAUCGUAGAGACCAGCGGAAAUGGAGCCUCUUAGGACCAGGAUCCCAGCGGAUCCUGGGGACUCUUAGGGCAGUCUGUAGGGACAAAGGCCUCAGCAGGCUCAGGACGUGGGAGAUCUGGGGCCACCGUAAUCCAGGGUCUCGCGCCAGAUGCCAAGCAGGGCGCGAGAGAUCCGCUGGUCGAAGUGGAGGUAGCGGGAGGGCACCCGCUCGCGGCGGCCGGCUGGGGGCGCCCUUCCGCGCCUCAAGGCUCCGGCCCGUGGGCUACAGUGAGCCGCUGGUAGAUCAUGAAGGGCAGGGCCCCAGGGGAGGGGCUGGCCUUCCCUCCCCCAUCCCCCGCUCCCUCCUUACCCCAGGCCGCAGCCUGGGAUCCCCCAGGGACCCCCCGGAGCCGCCGCUUCCCCCAUGGACUUGCCCGGGGACUCCAGCCCGCCUUACCCGCCACAUCUGUGCCGCCAGCCUCUGGCUCGAGCAUUAUGGGGAGCCAAGAGCCCAAAACGUCCCAGGCUGCAGCCUCUGGGGGUCCCUUCGCCCCUGGAGAAGGCCUCUCGGCGGGUCCUGGCCGUGGUGCUGGAAGAUGUCAUGGCUGCCCACAUGGUCCCCUUGAUGCCCAAAGAGGAAAUUUCUAGCCCAUGCCACCACAGCAACUGUCAGGAUCCUGUCCGCAGCCAGCUGCCUGCCUUAUCACCUCAGCAAGCCAUGUGGUCCUCACAGGCCAGGCCUCCCGACCCACUGCAUUUGUGCCGAGAGCCCUUAAGCCGCAUCCACCGGUCCUCUUCCACCCUGAGACGGCUAUCUAGGACAACCCCUUCCCCAGAGGAGGGUCCUUCACAAAAGGUGGAUCGGGCCCAUCAGCCCACUCUGGUAGUGAUGUUGGAAGACAUUGCCGGUCCCAGAUCCCCAACCAAGGUUUCAGAACUUAGGGGCUUCACGGAUGAGAGCCCCAACUUCAUCGUCCCAGCACAAAGAACUGAGCCCAUGAUGAUGGUUCACCAGCCAAUGCCUCCAUCCGGGGACCAAGGACCCCCAUUCCAGCCAUCCACUCUGCCUAUAGACCCUCCAGAGAGCCUAACACCUGUCCCAGAUCCUGCUCUGGAACCCCCAUCGACUCCACCACCGUCCAGCCUCUUACGCCCCCGCCUCAGUCCCUGGGGCUUGGCCCCACUCUUCCGUUCCGUCCGCUCCAAGCUGGAGAGCUUCGCUGACAUCUUCCUUACAUCCAACAAAGCCCCCCAGCCCCCACCCCCAUCACCCCCCAUGAAGUUGGAGUUGAAGAUUGCCAUCUCAGAGGCUGAACAGUCCAGGGCUGCUGAGGGCACUGCUUCUGUCAGUCCCCGGCCCCCUAUCCGCCAGUGGCGGGCGCCGGACCACAGUACCCCAGCACCUCUUCCUAAGCCCUCCCUGGGCCGAAGCCACUCCUGCCCUGAUCUGGGGCCUCUGGGCCCAGGUACCUGCACCUGGCCCCCUGCUCCACCCCAUUCAAACCAGCCACGGCCACGGCGGCACACUGUGGGUGGUGGGGAGAUGGUCCGAGCCCCGCCACCCCCUCGACCCUGUCUCCGGAAAGAGGUCUUCCCUCUCGGAGGAGUGGGAGCCUCCCCUUCUCUCACCACAUCUUGUUCGUCCACUGCAUCCACUUCCUCCUUCUCCGAACCAGCAGAACCCAGGUUGGGCUCAACCAAGGGAAAGGAGCCAAGAGCUUCAAAGGACCAGGUGCUUUCAGAUCCUGAGACCAAGACCAUGGGAAAGGUUUCUCGAUUCAGAAUACGCAGGACUCCAGCCCGUCCUCAACUAAACCUUACACCAAUGGGGCUGCCUCGGCCAAUCAGAUUGAACAAGAAGGAGUUCAGCUUGGAAGAAAUUUAUACCAACAAGAAUUACCAGUCACCCACAACCAGGCGAACCUUUGAGACCAUCUUCGAAGAACCACGGGAGCGCAAUGGGACUUUGAUUUUCACCAGUUCAAAGAAGCUCCGGCGGGCUGUAGAAUUCCGAGACAGCAGCCUUCCUCGAUGCCGGCGGCCAUCCCGCGGAGUCCGGGCUGCAACUGGCAAGGCCCUUACUCCCAACCUAGCCCCCAGCCCAGAUGUGGAACCCCUGCUGCAACAGCGGCUAGAGGAGCUAGAUGCCUUGUUCCUGGGGGAGGAUGUGGAUAUGGAACGACCCCAUCAGACCUAAGGGCUCUAUCUGUUGGUCUAUCCAGGAGGAGAAACCUCGGAGGCAGUUAUAUAUUUUUUUCUCUAUAUUUCUAGUAAAGUUUUCAAUAUGUUUCUGAUUC